AUGGCGGACGUUGCGUGUGGCAGCUUGUCAGAGGAGAAAGAUUCAGAAAAUGACAGUCAGCGAAGGAGGAAAUGCUCUUGGAAGAACACGAUAAAGAGUAAUAAAGCUGCUUCUGUAUCAGAAAUGACUGAAACUCUGGGGUUUUAUGAUGGACGGUGUGGUAAAGAGGAGCAGCAGGAGCUGUCAGAGGUGGUGGAGCCAGAAGAAGCGUCUCUUCUAAGCUUCAUGUGUACUGAGCUGACCAGAGGCUACUUCCUGGAACACAACGGGGCCAAGUAUACAGAGCAGAGAGAGAGAGUCUAUACAUGCAUGAGAAUCCCCAAAGAGUUGGAAAAGCUCAUGAUGUUUGGCUCCUUCCUGUGUCUCGAUGCAUUCCUCUAUGUGUUCACUUUACUGCCUCUUCGAACCCUGCUUGCAUUCCUCAGACUGCUGACCGUACCCUGCUGUGGCCUCAGUUCUCGGCUCCUACAGCCAGCUCAGGUGUGUGAUCUGCUGAAGGGCUUGAUCAUGGUGCUUUGUUGCUCUAUGAUGCAUUAUGUGGAUUAUGCCAUGAUGUACCAUCUAAUCCGGGGACAGUCUGUCAUCAAACUGUACAUCAUUUACAACAUGCUGGAGGUAGCAGACCGUCUCUUCUCAUCGUUUGGGCAGGACAUUCUGGAUGCUCUGUACUGGACUGCCACAGAGCCAAAGUCUAGAAAGAGAGCUCACAUUGGAGUCAUUCCUCAUUUUAUCAUGGCUGUCUUCUAUGUCUUUCUUCAUGCCAUUCUCAUCAUGGUACAGGCCUCCACACUGAAUGUGGCCUUCAAUUCACACAACAAGUCUCUCCUCACCAUUAUGAUGUCCAACAAUUUUGUGGAAAUUAAAGGAAGUGUCUUUAAGAAAUUUGAGAAGAACAACCUCUUUCAAAUGUCUAAUAGUGACAUUAAGGAACGCUUCACUAACUGCAUCCUGCUGCUGAUAGUGUGUCUGAGGAACAUGGAGCAGUUUUCAUGGAACUCAGAUCACCUGUGGGUGCUGCUUCCAGAUGUUGUUAUGGUAGUGGCCUCCGAGAUAGCGGUGGAUAUUGUAAAGCACGCAUUCAUCACCAAAUUCAAUGACCUGACCGCAGAUGUGUACAGUGAAUACAAAGCCAGCCUGGCGUUUGAGCACCUCAGCAGUCGGCAGCAGUAUGCCUACACAGACUACAGUGAUUCAGUGGCCAGGAGAAUGGGCUUCAUUCCUCUGCCUUUAGCUGUUCUGUUGAUCAGAGUGGUGAUAAGCUCAGUGAAGAUCCAGGGAGCACUUUCAUCUGUCUGUCUCUUACUCUUCUAUUUGGGAAUGAUCACACUCAAAGUGCUGAACAGUAUAGUACUGCUGGGAAAAUCCUGUCAUUAUGUCAAAGAAGCCAAGAUGGAUGAGAAACUGUUUGAUAAACCUAACGCCUCAGCUCCAAAAAAGACCUCCAGCACUCCUAACCAUGAAAAAUCUCCACCAUCUUCAGGUGAGCCAGAGCCCCAGCCUCCUCCAUCCUUCAUCACCAAGCAACCCGCCCCAAGCACAGCAGGCCCAUUUCCUCCAACCGCAGCUUUCCCUGAAACUGUGGAAACCAGUGAGUCCGCUCCAGAGAGUAGAGACUGCCCUAAAGUAGAAGAGGUAAGCAACGAGACUCCUCCUGCUACCGAGCUUAAACACAGAGCACCAAAGAAAGACCUGCUGGAGAUCGAUCGCUUCACCCUGUGUGGAAACCGCAUACUCUAAGUGCUGACAGCUGAGAGACAAAAGAUUCACAAUGUUUGUACUCUAACUAAACCAGCUGCUGAUGGCAAGCAGAGACUGAUGAACAUUCCAGUGACAGAAAAUCUGCUGUCCAUGGCAGUUUGGUCAUUCGCAUUGCUGAGGGUCCAUAUUGGAUAGACGCAGCAUCUGUGUGCAGUGGAUCUGCACUGUCAGAAUUAUUCUGCCAAAAUGUGAACAGUUUCUAAAAUAAAAAUGUAUCCUCUUACUAUGGAGGA